CCUGCGUUAUCUGCCGACUCACGCUGUUCAUUCGCUUCAACAUUUUGCUUUAGUAUUUUGUCUCAGCAAACGUCAGCGUUAUAUAUUUGUCCUCAGGUUUUGCUGUGUGAUGUUGAUAAUCGCCUCCACACUGAGAUGUUACUGACGGAUUUUUUACAGAGACUGUUUGAUGAGAUGAACUAAAACUCCAAGCUUGUUGUGUCUGAGAUGACACAUUUCCCAGGUCUUCUCUUGCCCCUGAUAUGUUCACUGCACUUAGAUUUACCUCCAAAAACACUUCAAGAUAUGGCCUUUAAAGGAAGUACUAAGAAAACAUUAUCUGGUCAUCAUGAAGAAUAUCAUGAAGAAAUGAAGAACCAAAAUUACCAGUGCUCAGAUUGUGGGAAGAGAUUUAGUUACCCAAGUCAUUUAAAAAGACAUCAGCGCAUUCACACAGGAGAGAAGCCGUAUUACUGCUCACAGUGUGGAACGAGUUUUACAAGGGCUGGUGACCUACGAAAACACCAGCGCAUUCACACAGGAGAGAAGCCAUAUCAGUGCUUGCGGUGUGAAAAGAGUUUUUCUACUUCUAGUUCUCUCCAAACACACGAGCGCAUUCACACUGGAGUUAAGCCGUAUCACUGCACACAGUGUGGGACGAGUUUUACACAGGCAGGUCACCUGCAAACACACCAGCGCAUUCACACUGGAGAGACGCCGUAUCAGUGCUUACGGUGUGGGAAGAGUUUUACUGCAGCUACUAAUUUUCAAAAACACCAGCGUAUUCACACAGGAGAGAAGCCGUAUUACUGCUCACAGUGUGGGAAGAGUUUUACUGCAGCUAGUUCUCUCCAAACACACCAGCGCAUUCACACUGGCAAUAAGCCGUAUCACUGCUCACAGUGUGGGAAGAGUUUUACUGCAGCUAGUUCUCUCCAAACACACCAGCGGAUUCACACUGGAGAUAAGCCGUAUCACUGCACACAGUGUGGGAUGAGUUUUACACAGGCAGGUCACCUGCAAACACACCAGCGGAUUCACACUGGAGAUAAGCCGUAUUGCUGCACACAGUGUGGGAUGAGUUUUACACAGGCAGGUCACCUGCAAACACACGAGCGCAUUCACACUGGAGAGAAGCCGUAUCAGUGCUUAUGGUGUGGGAAGAGUUUUACUGCAGCUACUAGUUUUCAAACACACCAGCGCAUUCACACAGGGGAGAAGCCAUAUUAUUGCUUACAGUGUGGGAAGAGUUUUACUGCUGCUAGUUGUCUCCAAGCACACCAGCGUAUUCACACAGGAGAGAAGCCAUAUCAUUGUGCACAGUGUGGGAAGAGUUUUACACAAGCAUGUCAUCUGCAAAUGCAUCAGCGUAUUCACACAGGAGAGAAGCCGUAUCAGUGCUCACAGUGUGGGAUGAAUUUUACACAGGCAUGUCACCUGCAAACACACCAGCGUAUUCACACAGGAAAGAAGCUAAAUUAGUGCUCACAGUGCGGGAGGAGUUUUGGACAUGCAGGUCAAUUCAGAAGACACCAGUGAUUUUACACAGGAUUGGGACUAAACAGCUGUGUCCAUAAGAAAACCACUUGAUAGCGAGAACCAUCAGAAAGACUUGAAUUUGCUGGGGAUCAUAAUGAUUUGACAUUGGAGCAAUGGAAAAAGGUUAUGUGGCCUGAUAAUUCCAGAUUGAGCGUUUUCCAGAGUGAUUGGUGCAUCAGGGGCAUGGCUGAUAUCAACACACUGAAGGCCACAGAGAGCACAACAAUGGGGAUCUACUAUAUGUUGCCAUGGGGACUUCCAGCAGUGACUGUUCUGAUGCUGGAGUAAUCCUCGAGGGUGAUUCUUGAUUCGCUGUUCCUUCAGAUGUCAUGAGCAAAAUUCUUCUACCUCUACAUUCCUGGACUGAGUGGUUUGACUGGUUUAAGCAAAUUUAAGGUUACUGAUGUUGUGCAGUUGUAAUUACGGUCAAAUUAUUUGCAUAUUUAAGUAAUUGCAUAAAUUAAUAUUGCAUAUGCUGUUUUACCGUUGUAAUUCGUAUACAGUUAUCUGCAUGUUUGUUGUUUCUAUUUUGUUUGGCUAUAUUCUAUAUUUUGCAGAAUAAUCUUUGCAUUGUUUCAUAGCGCCUUAACGUAAACUUGUUCAGUGCAUUUCUUGUUCAAGGAGUUGUGUAAACUAUAAUAUUUUCAAAAUUUAAAAACACUAAAAUGCAGUGUUUCAGCUUGGUGACAUCAAUUUGCUACAUUUUUGUGUCAUUUUAACUCUGCUCUUUUAAUGUGCGGACACCUGCUGUUGAUGGAGAAUCUUGAUUAAAGGUUUUGAA